AUGAGAAGCAUAGAAACUGACGAAGGAAGUAAAAAAUUAGAACUUGAAAGAAGAGCCGGAGGAUUAAAAUACAUUUUGCAAUGGACGUCUCCUAAAAAUGUCCCAUUCGUAUAUAUGGGAGUGGGAAGGCAGGGUUACAUUGACAGAAAUUGUACUUAUACAAAUUGCUUUGUAACGUCUGAUAGAUCGUAUCUUGGCGGAGUGGAAAAAUUCGACGUCAUAGCAUUUGCAGGGCCUGAGGUUAUCCGCUACAGUAAAGGAAUGUUACCCAACAAAAGAUCCCCCCACCAGAAAUAUGCAUUUGCUAGUAUCGAGUCUUCCCAUUACUACCCAGUGUGCUCGGACCACCUUAACGAUUUCUUCAAUUGGACUUGGACAUUCAAAACCAAUUCCGACUCUAGGUGGGGCUAUAUGGCUAUACGUGAUGAAGACAAUAAUCUUAUUGGACCUAAUGCUAUAAUGCAUUGGAAAAAACUUGAAGAUAUGAAGCCAGUGAGUAGUGAAUUAAAGGAGAAAUUGAAAAGUAAAAAAAAAGCAGCCUCUUGGUUUGUAUCAAAUUGUUUUUCGAUGAGCAAAAGAGAGGAUUUCGUGAAACAACUGUCAAAAGAACUGGAGAAAUAUAAUUUGGUUGUUGAUAUUUACGGUGCUUGUGGUUCACUUAAAUGUUCAACAGGAGAGCAUGAAGAGUGUUUGAAGAUGAUAGAGAGGGACUACUACUUUUAUUUAUCAUUUGAGAAUUCGUUUUGUGAAGAUUACGUUACUGAAAAGCUAUUGCAUGCAUUACAACACAACGCAGUGCCAGUAGUAUUUGGAGCGGCUAAUUAUACAAGGUUUAUGCCCGAUGGAAUUUAUUUAAACGCGAGAGAAUUAGGUGUUCAAAAAUUGGCUGAGAAAAUGAAUGAAUUGAUAAAGAGUCCUGAUAAGUAUGUAGAUUACUUUAGAUGGCAAAAUCAUUAUUCGUAUCACUCGAGAGCUGAUAGUAUAGAAACUGAUGAUUAUUGCGGUUUCUGUACAAUGCUUAAUAAUGAAGAAUUAGUCAAAAAAGAAUCUAGAUAUUUGGACAUGAAAAAAUGGUGGAAUCAGCCGAAUCGGUGUUGA